AUGCUAAUCGCAUGUAGAAUCUUUAUCAAUAUAAUGAGCACAUGGAAAUUAUUACAGCGUCGAUGUUACGAUCUACUUUCAUAUAAAUAUUCAUUACUGGUGAUAUUAAUAGCCUUCACUUGCAUAUUUAUCGGUAUCAUACACUUUGGAGAGAUAUGGAUAACUUGGAGUAAAGAAAAAUAUGAAGCAGUGUUUCAUUCUUUCAAUGAUAAUAUAUUAGGUGUCUCUUUCCAAAAAAAACUAUGUCAACAUGUUCCAAUAGAUGUUGUCUAUACAUGGGUCAAUGGCUCAGAUCCAGCUUUUUUAAAGGAUCUUGAAGAACAUGUUCCUAUUAUGGAUGUUAACACAGCUGCUUCCAGAUUUAGCGAUAAAGAUGAAUUAAGAUAUUCAUUACGUUCAUUGGAAAUGUAUGCCCCAUGGGUUAGACAUGUGUAUAUUGUUACAAAUGGUCAAAUACCAAGUUGGUUAGACAUGGAUAACCCUAGAGUUACUCUUGUUACUCAUGAAGAUAUAUUUUUAAAUAAAAGUGAUCUUCCAACAUUUUCUAGUCCUGCUAUUGAAAAUCAUAUUCACAGAAUUCCUGGAAUUUCAGAUAAAUUUUUAUACUUUAAUGAUGAUGUAAUGUUAGGAGCUGAAGUAUGGCCAGAAGAUUUCAUUACCCAAGCAGGUGGUCAAAAAGUGUAUCUUGCAUGGUGGGUUCCUGAUUGUUCAGAUGUUUGUCCUUGGGCCUGGGUGGGUGAUGGAUCAUGUGAUCCUGCUUGUAAUACAACAUUAUGUGAAUUUGAUGGAGGAGAUUGUGAUAGUACACCAGUUCCUACUGACAGUGAAGCAUUGGAAGAUGAAGUGGAUUACCCACACAACUUUUUACAAGAUCCUCAUGAAGAUACUAACUAUGGAUUGAAAUUCUUACACAUAUUAAGAAACAAGAGUAUAAGUACUAUGUGGAGUGAUGGAGAAACGUUUACCCAACAGACAUGGCCAAAUGAAACAACAGACUCAAAGCUCAAUGUAAAUAAAUCUCGUAAUGUCAAAAAUAAGCACAUAAACGCCAUUGAGAAAUAUUUUAAUGAACAAUCAAGCGACGAGAACGAUCAAGUUAUAUCUACCCAGAAGUCUGUGUUAUUCAAAAUGAUGAGUAAAAUGAGAAUUCAGAAUUCGAAUAUCACUGAAAGGCGCAUGCAACUGAAACGUUAUUUAAAUGACAAUAUCAUAAGCUUACCGCUAAUUAAUAGUACCAUCAAAAUUAACAAUAAACCCAGUCAUAUUGAUCAGUGGAAACUCAGAACAAGACAACUCGAUACAUACGCUGAGUCUUUGUUAUAUGUGAAUAGAAUAUACAAUAAAGCGUACGGAUUUGAACGAAGAAGAGUACCCGCUCAUAUGCCUCAUUUAAUAGAUAAAUGGAUUACUGCCGAUAUGCAGAAGAAGUUCGAGUCUGAAUUCAAAAAAACAUCUAGUCAUAAAGUUAGAAACUCGGAGGAUAUGCAAUUUGCUUUUUCUUAUUUCUAUUUUCUAACAAGCGAAAAGCGAAUAGUGCCAAUAGAAGAAAUAUUCGACACGUUUGAUACGGAUAAAUCAAGGACUUGGUCAGAUAGAGAAAUUAGGACGCUUUUAUCUAGACUCUAUCCACUACCUCUUGAUUACAGCCUAGUCGUUGAAUUUGAAAACGCGAUAACAAAUUGUUCAAACCACGUAAAACUUGCUGAAGUACUAAAUGCACCACCGGGAGAAAGAUAUCUAGAUUCAUCUCUUCCAAUUGUGUCUAAGGAAUUGAUAGCCAAAUGUGAAUCAGUAUCUAGAAAUAUUGCGUCUAAGUUCGGCGAAGAAAAACUUUAUCCACACGAAAUAAUUAAAGCUGGGAAAAGUGAAAUAUUUGAAAUGUUAACUAGCAAUGUGUCUCUAACAGUACAACUUUUAGAUGAGAUACGCAGAGAUCCAAAAAAGUUCAUUUGUUUAAAUGACGAUAUGAAUCCUCUUCGACGUUCCGAAAAUGAAAUAGUCCGAGCAUUAUUGAACGACUUUUAUCGCUCUCUUUAUCCAUUGCGUAGUACUUUCGAGUUGCCUCUGCAAUAUCGAAAUCUUUUCACUCAUCGACACGAGCUCUUUGAGUGGAGAGCCAAUCGAGCAAAAGCCAGGAAUUUGUUGUUAUGUCUUAUCCUUCUAUUGCUUGUUACGACUUUUUAUCACUUGUUUUACCAUCAAAUGCGACGAUUGUUCAGAAUGAGAGCACUGCCCACUCUGCUCGUUUAA